AUGAGCUAUAAUCAACUUGUCCAAGACCUUAUUGCCACCAGAAAGGUUAGAAAAUUCAAGUCAGCGUCCCAUCAGAAUGCUAAAGACCAUAAUGAAAUCAUGAAGAGAGUUAAUACAAAUGGGGUGAAGAUCGAUCUUGUUAUGGAAAUCCUCAAAAAUGUAUAUGGAGGACGUGUAACAGUAGAAGCAUUGUUGAACUUUGCAAAAAGUCUUGCAAUAAAGAUUCAUAAGAGAUUGGAUAGGCUUGCAUUGAGAAAUAGAAAUGCAUUGUUAUGCUGGUAUGCAGAAAACUGGACUCAGAUAUAUCCCCACUUGGGUAGCUUUAAUAGAUUUAUGGAUAAAGGGAACUUAUUGAAUGAGAACUUGCCGAUUAGAAAUCAGGCAGAAUCUUUCAUUGAUCCAUCUGAUAUCCGUCAGUUAUUGAAUCAUCACUGA